AUGCAAAGGAUCGGCAUGCAGCAGUGGUUUCGUGAUUGGCAUGCUACGCUCAUUCACUUUGAUCGGAAGGUAGCACAUGCGAUCUCCUCAGGGUCUGUGUGGCCUGUCAUUGGUUCCACAGAGGAGGAGGACGCAGAUCCCCUUGCGACAAUACUGGCAAAAGCCGACUUUCAAGCGAGUACCCAGCGCCUUUUCGCUAGUCUGGCAACAAAGGCAGCCACCACACUGUCUGCAGCAGGGAUUCGGCAGGCGUUUGCCGAGGUGGCUCCGUCGAUCUCCUUUUCCACGAUCCGGCGGCGCAUCCUGCUUGGGCACAUCUCACUCAGCGGCCUCAUGAGUGAUGUCAAGAGGUCGCCGCCCACGGAAGAUGCCGAGGAGGCCGAGAUGGCCACCGGAGCUGCUGGUCGCACCCAGGUCGAGAAGAUCUCUGAGUUCCUGGAAUUGCGAAAGGCUCAGGUCAAUGAGUUUGUGGCAGCAGUCACAGUGGCUGAACAGGCAAGAUCGGAGGAUAGAGUUGUAAGUGUUGGGCCCAGGUGCGGGGUUGUAGUCAGAUUCAAGAAUCCUAGACCGAGCACUUCUACAAACGCAGCACUUUCCUGA